AUGUCUCAGACUAGAAGCUCUUCUGUAAGAUCCUACAGUAGCCGCGCCCAGGUGUCCAAGAGUUAUUCUAGCUCUGGAGCUGCCGCAGGAUACGGAUUUAAAGGUCAUGGAGGUGGAAUUAGUCAGGCGUAUGGACAGUCUUUGAAGGCCAGCGGCAGCGCUGGGAUAGGUGUAGGGUCAGGGUCUGGGUUUGGGGCAGUGAGUGGAAGAUCCAUCUCAUCUGGUUUAAAAAUAGCUGCAGGUUCCAUUUCAGCUGCUGGAGGUUUGGCUGGAGGUUCUUUCUCUGCUGCUGAGGGUUUGGUUGGAGGUUCUGCCCCAGCUGCUGGAGGUUCUGUCUCGGCUGCUUUUAAGGCAGGUGGAGGAUCUUUCAUGGAUAACAUGGCAAACAUCGUCACUGAUAAACAGCAGCUGCAGGUUCUGAACGACCGCCUUGCCACUUACCUGGAGAAGGUGAAACGUCUGGAGUUCACAAACCGUGAUCUUAAUGAGAAACUCAGAUCAUUCACCCUCAAAAGAGUUCAAACUACCCAUGACUUUGGGCCGUAUCAAAUGCAGAUCAGACCUUUGCGUGAACAGAUUCUGGCUCUUAUUCAAGAAAACACCAAUAUUACUUUGUCCAUUGACAAUGCCAAACUGGCUGCCGAAGAUUUUAGACAGAAGUAUGAGACAGAGUUGGGCAUCCGUCAAUCUGUGGAGGCAGACAUAGCCAAUCUGAAAGUUCUGAAGAAAGAGUAUGAGACAACAUAUGAUGUGUUACAGCAUGAGCUCAGUGUCUUAACAAGUGAACUCAAAAAUGUUGAAGAUACAUACCAGCAGGAGAUGAUUGGACUUCGAGGGCAGAUUUCAGGCACAGUGACUGUGGAUGUGCAGGAGGUGGAGAGUACAGAUCUGGCACAAGUUCUGUCUGAGAUCCGUUCCGAGUAUGAGAUGGUCAUCGAAAGGAACCGCAAGGAGGCAGAACAAUGGUACACUAAACAGCUGGAGAAGAAAACCGCAGAGGUUGCGAUUGUCACCGAGACGACGGUCACUGGUGGUACUGAGAUCACAGAGAGCCGCAAACAGAUGUCUGGGUUGCAGACGCACUAUGACUCCAUAUUGGUAGAGAAAACCAACCUAGAGCAGCGUCUGACGCAGGUUCAGGGUCACUAUCAGGCACAGUUGUUUAAAUUGAGUCAGUUGGCUGGACGUCUUGAGGGGGAGCUCAUUUCCAUCCGUGAGAGUUCACUGCAGCAGAGUCGAGACUACCAGCUGCUCCUGAGCACUAAAGUUCAACUGGAAAGAGAGAUCAACACUUACAGAGCUCUGCUAGAGGGUGCCGGAGGGGUCACAGGGCUCGCGACCAACUCACAGACUGUGGAUGUCAACAAAACUGUUUCAAUUGUUGGUUCCAGUGUCUCAACUGAAAAAGUGACAACAGACGUUGGAUUACAGGGCGGAAUUAACACCUCAUUCUUGAUUACUGGUGUGCAAUCUGGUGCUUCCACUUUAACUGGGGUUUCUACAGAAGAAUUGACAACAGAAUUUGGAUUACAGGGUGGAAGUAACGCCUCAGUCAUGAUUACCGGUGCGCAAUCCGAAUUCACUUUAACUGGGGUUUCUACAGAAGUUGUGACAACAGAAUUGGAAACACAAGGUGGAAUUAACACCUCAUUUGUGUUUGGUGGUGAAGCAGUCACAACAGAAUUGGAAACACAAGGUGGAAUUAACACCUCAUUUUUGAUUGCUGGUGCACAAUCUGGUGUUUCCACUGCAGAAGCAGUCACAACAGAAUUGGGAUUACAGGGUGGAAGUGACGCUUCACUCGUGAUUACCGGUGCACAAUCCGAAGGUUCCACUUUAAUUGGGGUUUCUACAGAAGUUGUGACAACAGAAUUUGAAACACAAGGUGGAAUUAACACCUCAUUUGUGUUUGGUGGUGAAGCAGUCACAACAGAAUUGGAAACACAAGGUGGAAUUAACACCUCAUUUGUGAUUGCUGGUGAAGCAGUCACAACAGAAUUGGGAUUACAGGGUGGAAGCAACGCUUCACUCGUGAUAACCGGUGCGCAAUCCGAAGGUUCCACUUUAAUUGGGGUUUCUACAGAAGUUGUGACAACAGAAUUUGCAACACAGGGUGGAAGUAACGCCUCAUUCUUGAUUACUGGUGCACAGUCUGAUGUUUCCACUGCAGAAGUAGUGACAAACGAAAUUGCAACACAGGGUGGAAUUAACACCUCAUUCGUGAUUACUGGUGCACAGUCUGAUGUUUCCACUGCAGAAGUAGUGACAUCCGAAUUUGGAUUACAGGGUGGAAGUGACGCUUCAGUUGUGAUUAUCGGUGCGCAAUCCGAAGCUUCCACUUUAACUGGGCUUUCUACAGAAGCUGUGACAACAGAAUUUGCAACACAGGGUGGAAUAAACUCUUCAUUCGUGAUUACUGGUGCACAGUCUGGUGUUUCCACUGCAGAAGUAGUGACAACCGAAUUCGCAACACAGAGUGGAAGUAACGCCUCAUUCUUGAUCACUGGUGCUCAGUCUGGUGGUGCCACUCUAACUGGGCUUUCUACAGGAGGAGUCACAACAGAAUUUGGAACACAGGGUGGGAGUAACGCCUCAUUCUUGAUCACUGGUGCUCAGUCUGGUGGUCCCAUUCUCACUGGGAUUUCCACAGAAGCAGUGACAACAGAAUUUGCAACACAGGGUGGAAGUAACGCCUCAUUCGUGAUCACUGGUGCUCAGUCUGGUGGUGCCACUCUAACUGGGCUUUCUACAGGAGGAGUCACAACAGAAUUUGGAACACAGGGUGGGAGUAACGCCUCAUUCUUGAUCACUGGUGCUCAGUCUGGUGGUCCCAUUCUCACUGGGAUUUCCACAGAAGCAGUGACAACAGAAUUUGCAACACAAAGUGGAAGUAACGCCUCAUUCUUGAUCACUGGUGCUCAGUCUGGUGGUGCCACUCUAACUGGGCUUUCUACUGGAGGAGUCACAACAGGACUUGGAACACAGGGUGGGAGUAACGCCUCAUUCUUGAUUACUGGUGCUCAGUCUGGUGGUCCCAUUCUCACUGGGGUUUCUUCAGAAGCAGUGACAACACAAUUUACAACACAGGGUGGAAGUAACGCCUCAUUCUUGAUCACUGGUGCUCAGUCUGGUGGUGCCACUCUAACUGGGCUUUCUACUGGAGGAGUCACAACUGGAUUUGGGACACAGGGUGGACUCAUAAUAACUAAUACUCAAUCCGAAGGUGCUGUUUUAACUGAGGUUUCGGCAGGAGGAGUGGUAGCAGAAGCUGGUUUUCCUAACUGAAGGCUUUGAUGGAAGAUCUCCCAUGCUUUCUCCAACAUGGGGGUCUCAGGAGUCUUCAAGGUCUGGGUGAUGUCAUCAACGAGUUCAACCAAUCAUUUGUCACCCAACACCGUUUUGCUCUUUGUAACUGUGUGUCAC